AUGGUUUAUGAUUGGGAUGGCAAACGCGACAUCUGCUACAAGAUGUAUAUUGAGGAUAAGAAAGCUCUUGAGGAGAUUAUGGAGUAUAUGAAGGUGUGUUAUCAGUUUGCCCCAAGCAAACGCGCCUUUCAAACCCAAUUCAAACGAUGGGGGUUCCCAUCGAAGCAAAACCCGGCACACAAGAAUGAAGGCCUCGUGGCGCGCAUAAAGGAACUCUGGGAACGGAAUACUAGCCAGCGCGACAUGCUCCGGAUACUCAACGAGGAAGGAUAUGAAAUUAAAGAACGUGAGCUUAUGCGGGUGCGCGCCAAGAAUCGAUGGCUUCUGCGCGUCCCUAAUGGGAUGAGGGCGAAGCCGAAAGUGACCACAGCAAUUACCUCUGCGGCGGGGCCCACAACAGCAGCGAUGCCAGGUCAAUUGGGUAGUGAUGAGAGUCUCCUGGCACUCCAGCAAGAGGCAUAUAAGCAGGAUGGAAGUUUAGAUUCUUCAGAGCAACAAUUCGCUGCGGAUCUGCAGGCAGCGACCCAACAGCGUCCUCCAUCACCUGCGUUAUCUCCGGAGAUACUGGCGAAGCGGAAAGAGAGAAUGGAGCGGCUGCAGGCGGAAAGUGAGGAGAGAUGGGCCGCACGGAAACGACGGCGAAGGACAAGAGGGUGGGGUGGCCUGCCUGCAGAUCCUCCAGGCCCACCUCGGUUUCCUUCAGAGACAACUCUUGAUGAGAGCAAGCAGUAUCUGAGCUUGGAUAAUGACAUGUAUCGAGAGUUGCGGGAUCAUUUCCAGCAUAUCUGUGAAGAGGCGGGGUUUAUUAAGAAGACCGUUGCGGGGCCGGAGAAGUGGCAGGCGGCCAAGGAUCGAUUAAUUCACGAGUCUUCGCAUCUUCAGAUGGUGUUCUGGUCGAAUUCUGGUCAGAUGGAGGCGAAGGCGUUGGCGUUAGAUGUGGUGUGUACGGAUGUCACAAAGCGGAUGCGGACGUUACAGCGGAGAAUGACAAUUGCAGACGCUAAAAAUGCGUUGGGGAUCAAUCCAGAGGAGAGCAGACAGAUACGUGAUGCGUUUUAUCAGACUCUAAAAGUGGAUCAUUUUACGAGCAAGCUAGAGGCUGGUGAUGAACAUUGGAGCGAGCUUAAGGAGAAAUGGAUACAGGGCUCAGAGUUGCUCCAGAAGAUCCUGGGUCCCGGUGAAAUGGAUCCCAACCACUCCGUGAAGGUUAAGGCUCUUGAGAUUCUCUGCAGGGACGUGAACAAGAGACUUAGAGAUGAGAUGUCGAAGCGAGAUCCCUUCCGUAAACGAUCUUCUACAUCUAACAACGCCAACGAUAAUAACCCCUCAGGACGCGCUCAGAGCAGCGGUACCUCGAGCUACACUCGACCUUCUGCGAAUUCUCCUGCCAUCCCCAACGGCAUCAGCACCCUCGCUUCUCAGGCCCUCGCCAGCACCCGCAUGAUGUCCGGCGACAUUUCAGACUUACAAAUAGAUCCCUCCCUCCUCCAAGCCGCCAACAACACCUCCUUCGCUCUCGAUCCAACCAAUCACCACCGCCAUGACCAUGACCACAAUCACCAGCACAACCCUCACAACCCUGACCAUCACCACCAAAGCCCCACAGGCGAACAUCCAUUCGGAUACGUUGACCCAAUGCUCGACACAGCCCUCAUGCCCAUUCCAGUCUACCUACGCAUCCAUCCACAGUCACAGGUUUACCAUAAUGCGAAGACGUGGCUGGAUAAGUUGACGACUAGGACAUUGGCGGAGUUGCAAAGCAUGGUGACGAGUCGGUUUAAGGAUGUGAACAUUGUAAGGAUUGAGGGGACGGAGAAAGAGGUUGGGAAUGGGAAUCAAAACGGGAACGGAAACAGCGCGGGGAGGGAGUCUGUAUAUGUUAUUGAUGAGGAUCAUGAGCUGGAUGCAUAUUUGACGCAUGUUCAGGGGCGGAAGGCAACAUUUGUGUUCUUGUUGGAGAGGGGUUGA